GAAGAGGUGGCUGUGUAUUUCUCCAAGGGGGAGUGGAGCCUGCUGAGCCCGGCCCAGAGAGCCCUGUACAAGGAAGUCAUGCUGGAGAAUUUUGGGAACGUGGCCUCUCUGGGACCUCUGAUUGCCAAACCAGACUUCAUAUCCAGACUGGAGGAAGAAGAGGAGCUGCUUAUCGGGUUCUCUGAUGAAGACGAGGGAGCGACUGGUAGCAGCCUAGGACCUCUGAUUGCCACACCAGACCUCAUAUCCAGGCUGGAGGAAGAGGAGGAGCUGCUGAUCUGGUUCUCUGAUGAAGAGGAGGGAGUGUCUGGUAGCAGCCUAGAUGCUGCGUGGGAGGUGGCAAUUGAAUAUCCAUUGAUGGGGAGAGAACACACGUAUUCUUAUGCAGAAGAGAAUAUAGAACAUUGUGAUGCACUGAGUGUGGUGGAGGGAACAAACCCACUUAAUGAGAGGGGAAAUUGUGAUGUUUUCCAAGAUGACAAUUCUCAAGAAAUCCCACCUUUUCAGAAAAUAUCCAAAGGAGACAAGAGGGAUGAGUGUCCAGGAGGUGCAGAAGGAUUUUCUGAAACAUCAGAUAUGACCAUGCAUUGGAACACCCAUAAUACAAGGGGAAAUUUUAAAUGCCUGGAGUGUGGGAAAAACUUUGGACAGAAACAUGGUCUAAUUUCCCAUCAAAAAAAUCAUACAGGAGAUAAAAAACAUAAAUGCCUGGAGUGUGGGAAAAGCUUCAGACAGAGUGGACAGCUAACUGCCCACCAAAGAAUUCACACAGGGGAGAAACCAUAUAAAUGCCUGCAGUGUGGAAAAAGCUUCAGUCUGAGUGGGAGCCUUACUGCCCACCAAAGACUUCACACAGGUGAGAAACCAUAUAAAUGCCUGGAGUGCGGAAAAAGUUUCAAUGAGAGUGGAUCCCUUACAGCCCACCAAAGAAUUCACACAGGGGAGAAACCAUAUAAAUGCCUGGAGUGUAGAAAAAGCUUCAGAUGGAGUGGACAGCUAACUGCCCACCGAAGAAUUCACACAGGGGAGAAGCCAUAUAAAUGCCUGGAGUGUGGGAAAAGCUUCAGUGUGAGUGGAAGCCUUACUGGCCACCAAAGGAUUCACACAGGGGAUAAACCAUAUAAAUGCCUGGAGUGUGGAAAAUGUUUCAAUCGGAGUGGAAACCUUACUGCCCAUCAAACUAUUCACAUAGGGAAGAAACCAUAUAAAUGCCUGGAGUGUGGAAAAUGCUUCAAUCGGAGUGGAAACCUCAUUGCUCAUCAAACAAUUCACAUAGGGGAUAAACCAUAUAAAUGCCUGGAGUGUGGAAAAUGCUUCAAUCAGAGUGGAAACCUUACUGCCCACCAAAGAAUUCACAAAGGGAAGAAACCAUAAACAUGCCUGCAAUGUGGAAAAUCCUUCAGUUUGAAUGGCCACCUUACUGCCCACCGAAGAAUUCAUACAGGGUAGAAACCAUAUAAACCAGCUGCACUGGUUACCAGUUGAGUACCGGGUCUGGUUCAGGGUUUUGGUUUUGACCUAUAAAGCCCUAUGCGGACUGGGCGCAGCAUAGCUGCAGGACCGCCUCUCCCCAUGUGUACCCCAGAGGAUGCUUCGUUCAACAAAUAAUCAACUGUUGGUGGUUCCUGGCCCAAAGGAGGCCUGCCUGGUCUCAACCAGAGCCAGGGCCUUUUUGGUCCUGGCACCAACCUGGUGGAAGUCUCUGUCUGAGGAAACCUGGGCCCGGCAGGAUUUGUUAUCUUUCCGCCGGGCCUGUAAGACAGAGAUGUUCCACCAGGCAUAUGGUGGAGGCUAGGUUGGGCCUUCACUGGCCUCACUAAAGAUCUGUUCACAUAUGAGCCUAUAUAUGAGCCAGGGCUUGAACAGCAGUAUUUUAUCGACACCAUCUGAAGAGAAGCUGUAUUGUAUUUCUUUUAUAAAGUUGUUUUAAUGUUAUUUGUAUAAUAUUUUAUCUGUUUUUUAACUGUUCUUUAUGUAAAUUGAAAAGUUGUACUCCACCUUGAGCUCAUCUGGCAUGGUGGGCGGACUAAAAAUCUAAUAUAUAAUAAAUAAAAUACUUGAAAUGUGGGAAAGCCUUUGGAUAGAAAGAUAGUCUAAUUUGCCAUCACAGAAUUCACACGGGAGAAAUCAUAUAAAGGUCUGGAAUGAGGAAAAGGCUUCAGUGACCUUGGAAGGCUUAUUUUCCACCAGAAAAUUCAUGGAGGGAAUAAAGAAUAUAAGAGCCUGGAGUGUGGGAAAAGCUUCAGUUCGAGUAUACACCUUACUUCCCACUGAAGAAUUCACACAGGGGAGAAACUUUAUCAGCGAGGACUGUGGAUAAGAGAGCUGUGUUUGCUGGGGGAGUCCAGAUAUUGCCUAGCAUUCUGCC